AUGAAAGAAGAUGGCCGUACAACGAUGACGUCACCGUAGUGGCUAGGGCGGUCGGCUUGUUCAUGUCGGAGUAAUAUGGUUCUGUUGGCAACACUGUUCUUCCUGCAAAGUGCUGGAUGGGUUGGUUCGAUGCCCGGCGCCGGAGCUCCAGAGAACAUCACGGUGGAGUUCCUGACCCCCACCUCCGUGAAGGUCUCGUGGACCACCACGGCGGAGAGUGUUGACAAGUACGACGUCACCUACAAGCCCACCGACGCCAGCUACCGCGUGGUCGCCGUCGUGGCCGGCAACUCGGAGGCGGUGACCUUGACCGGCCUGCUGGCCGACACGCAGUACCAGGUGACCGUGACAGCCGUCAGGGGCGGCAAGAAGUAUCGCAGCGGACCCAUAGUCUUCAGGACCAUGGAGCCGCCCAGGAGCUCCCCGCAGCAGGACGAGGGAGCGGCCACGGCGGGGCCCGCCCCGGCACCGGCCCCCAGCGAGGGGGCGGCCGCCCCCGCCGGCCCGCCCCCCUACGUGCAGGUGCGCGGUGUGGAGGUGGGCAUCGUGCUGCUCGUGCUGGUGGUGUGGGCCGCCGCCAUCGCGCUCUUCUUCAACCGCUGGGGCAAGAUCCGCAUGCUGCUGCCGUACCAGCCCGACUACAAGGAGCAGCUGAAGGUGCCGGGCGGCGGCGCGUGUGCGGCGGGCGGCGCGUGUGCGGCCCAGCAGCACGCGGCGGGCGCGGCCUGCCCGCAGCACCACCACUGGUCGGCCCACCACUUCGAGUUCGACAAGUGGCCGAGGACCGCCCCGCUGCGACCUGUCACCCGGCCCCGAGUGAACUCGGCCAUCUACAUCAGCUCCGCGCACGCCGCCGACUCGGAGUUCGUGCGGCUGGAGCCGUUCCGCGCGGAGCAGUGCCGGCGCGCGCGCAGCGCCGAGGACAUCCCGCUGAGCGGGCUGCCCGCGGUCGCCGUGUCCCGGGCCUCGCCCCCGGAGCAGAGGGCCGGCCGCCACAUGUGA